AUCACAGCCUGACUUUUUUUUCAGCAACGUUUUUGCCGGCAGGCUCGCAUCGGUUUCAGUCUGCCAGUUGCCUCCAGGUCCCUUGGGGACAGACAGGUAUUGAACUUAAUGGAAUUAUCUGACAAGGAAGGGGACCUUCUCUACUCGGUACUCAAUGUAUCGAAGCACGCGUCUCCGGCGGAAAUACACGACAGAUACAGGGAGCUAUCGCUCAUUUUUCACCCUGACAAGCAGCGCAACGAUCAACUGCGAGACGUUGCCGCGAAGAACUUCCUCGACAUACAAAAAGCUUACGAAGUCUUAUCGGAUCCUUUCCUCAGAAAUGUUUACGACACUCUUGGUAAUGAUGGACUUAAGGCGAUCUGGCCCGAGAGCUUGCGAAAGCUACCCUCGCAAGAGGUUGAAAAGGUGCUUGAACAACUGAAAUGGACGUCAAAACAUCAAGACUUGAGGAAGCUGAUAUCUCCCGAAGCUCGGCUCAACUGCAGCAUCGAUGCAUCGUCCUUAUUCGAGCCGGGAUUCUCACAUUAUCGAUGGCCGCAAAGGAUGAGACAUCGGCUGCAAAAUAUAUCUCUUCUGACAUGGGGACUAAAGUAUAAUACGAGGAGAACUUUGUCGGACAAAACAAACCUGCUACUCAUGACCCGUAUGAAUAGUCGCGGUCGAGAAGCCGGCGGAGAUGUCGUUGGAACAAUAAGACACCAGUUUUCUCCGCGUCUGACCUUCAGCGCUACGAGUUCCCUGUUUUCAUUUCGUACCGUAACAUUGGACACGCUCUUUCGAGAUGACAAGAUUGGCAAUAUCUCCGUCCGAACGUACCUGCCCCUGCGAGUGACGGGAAGAGUGCCACCUGUUACCUUUUCUUUCUCCCGGGUUCUCUCAGCCAAACACCGUUGGAAAGGUGAUCUCUCCUGCCAUUUUGGGCCUCUUCCACAGCUCUCAGUCUUUGUGACUGCGACGUCACCUUUGGCCCUUACCUCAGACGCUUCGGACUCCCCAUGGGAAGAUCAAGACACCCUUUCGACCCCAAUUUCGCCCUCCGUAUCUGGUCUGGAGUCUACCUUUUCUUUCUGGACCUACGGAGUUUCCUUAAACCCCCGCGAGCCCAAGGUCAUCGGUCAGUGGGGCAUCGCUUUCUCGGAGCUGGCCUUUGAGAUCAAGGCCGGGCUACAAUUCGGGCUUGAUGGAUUAUCAUGGCUGUUCUCCGGUGGAUGGACAGGCGAUACGGCGUCGGUGAAAGCCUCCCUAUCCCUGGGAUUUUUGGGCGUUGGACUUGACUUGGAUUUCUACCAUUUAGGUCAACGUCUCCAUGUCCCCGUCCUCCUCUCGAGUGAAUAUAACCCAGGCCUCGCAUUCUGGACUAUUGUUGUUCCAUCAUCUGCCUUGGUUCUGGGCUAUCAUUUUAUCGUGAUUCCUCGUCGCCGAAGGCAACGUAUCAGGCAGAUCUCUGAGGCUCGUCAAAAACUGGAUGAAGACAUUACGAUAAAACAAAAGACGCAGAAUAUCAUUUCCAUCUUGACGGAGCCUGCCAAAAAACGCAUGGCGACGGAGGCCGCGAAGGAUGGGCUGGUUAUUCUUGAGGCUACAUACGGCCCUGCGGAACCCAUUGACUUUGGGAGUCAAUUUGACCUAGAUGUUACCGUCGCGGUCCAAGCGUUGGUAUCUAACUCUCAACUCCACAUUCCAGGCCACAGAAGCAAGGCUGGGCUCCAAGGGUUUUAUGACCUCGCCCCAUUCGCUCACAAGACGUUGCGUAUACGAUACACAUUCCAGGGCAGGGUUCAUUAUGCAGAAUUCCUAGAUGAUUUACCUGUCGUACUACCCUUGGCAGGUAAAAUUUUCUCGUGCCUUUAA